CUCAAGAACUCUUUUUCCUCUUAAGGUUUGGACCUGAAACUGUGCACAGGGAGUCUAUGACUCUUCUCAAAGUCCUCUGCCCUGGUCCGUUACAGGAUUAGUUUGGUUUUGUGAGGCCAGGAUCCACUUGAGUUGGAGGAGAGUGACGACAUCCGUUUGACUAGCAAACCCGGACUGGUGUUGGUUAUUAUUAUUUAUUUUUUAAGUUCAAAUCUCUAAAAGCCAACUUUUCUUUACUCUGAGCUACUGAAACAAAUACGAAUGAAAGUUCCUGUUAGCAAUAAAAACAAAAGCAGGUUUCUAUUCUAUCUAAAUCAGUCCGUGGAUAAUAGUUUAGAUAAAUGCGCUAAUAGAAAAUAGAUGUGAUAAUAUAAUAUAGAAUGGGGUCGUUCCCCAGCAGCAAAAGAUGGAAGUUAUGAAAGCAAAAGAUGAUGAUGAAUGGGUUUUGAAAAGGGAAGUUGGAAAAUUCCGAAAGUUGAUGAUGGAAAUGGGAAGACCAAUAUGGUUGAUGGAAGGUUGCUAAGGAAAUGGGUUUUUAUGUUGAAGAGGCGCAGGAGCGCAAGGAGGAAGUAAGAGGAGACGGUGAGAAGUGAAUAACAAGAGAUGUGAUAAUUUGUGAUUAAUUCUCCUGAUUGAGUUUUUCCUUUUAAGAAGUGAUAUAAGGGAGACGAAGAGUCCUCUGCUUGUUAAUCCUUCAGCCUCCAUCCACCUGUCACGUCCUCCUCCACCUCCUCAGUCCCCAUCACAAACCACAGCCCUGGUCCCACAGAGCCCAGACCCUGUGUCUGCAUUGAACAAAGCUAUGAGCCAGAACUUCAGCAUCCAGCUGCAGGCCAGCCCCCACCAGAUGGGACAGAGUGAUUGGUAAGCAACAAAUACCAGUACAUUACUCCUGGGAGCCCAAAACUAAUGAGUUUAUGCCAGCAGCAACAGUGCUGCAGAUCAGAAGAAAGAAAAAAUGAAAGAAACUACUUAAUACGAUGAUGUUGAAGUAUCUGAAACCUGUUUGUUCUUAUGUGUAUUCCUGAGACAAAUAGAGACACAGAGGCCUGUGGACAGGGGUCUGUGGGGGGACAACAUGAGUGGAGCAGGAAGGAGGCCUUCAAAGGAGGGGAUGGUGUUUGGAUGGAGGAGAGGACAAGUCGAGGUGGUGGAUCCCUCGUCAACGGACAACAGGUCAUCCACAAACACACAGUCAUAGACAGAUGGCGAACAGGAGAGAAGUAAAGUUAAUUAGUUAAUUUGAAUAACGAAGGAUGUGAGGUAAUACUGUUGCGUGAUUCCAGAAUUACGCAGAUCUGUUAUUUUAACCUCAGGAAGAAUGAAAAAGAAAAUUUGAUAAAAUGUCACUAUUAUUGUGAGACUACAUACAAACACCAGCACACAGGAUAUGUGUCUGUAAUUAGGGAUCAUAGAUCUAAAAACAGGUGUACAAACGACAACAAUUGGUAUUAUCAAAGAAUUGUUUAGUUAAUCUGUUUUGGCAAAAUGAAAAAGUUUAACUCAUUUAUUACUAUUUUGGUUUAACUUUAAGAGGUUAUUAAUUAGUUACACAAAGGCUAAAGGAAAUUCAUGAAGUAACUCCUCAAUGUGUCGAAGAGAAUAAGAACUGGUGACGUGCAGUGGAAUGUUUCUACAGAGACUCGAGGUCAGAGAUAAGAGAUGCACGGGCAUUCUCUAAAAAAAGAUCAGAGAAGACUAAAACAAAUCUUUGUUGAAACAACGAAGUGUUUUGAGAAACUGAGGUGUCACUGAAAGGUGGACAGAUGUGAAGGGUUGCUGAAUGUAUGCGGGGGCAACAGUGGGGGCCAACGGGGCACCUUAAAGGAUAUUCCUCCUCUUAUGGAUCAAGCAGAUUCAAGAACACACAGUGUUACAUGAAAUUAAUCUUGAGUGCAAAUAUUUAUCUGGGAUAUAAUUGUAUUAUGCAUUGUACUCAAAUACAAGGGCAUAAAGAUUGUACAUUCGGUUUGGUCUAUUAUUUAAAAGAAUAUGCUCACAAUUACUGGAAUAUAAAGAUUUUUACACAACAAAACAAGUCUAGAGGAAAAUGUGUAACAUCAAGAAACAGAUCUACAAAAAACAUAAUUUGUAUUACAGCUACUAAAUGAAGUAAACUACCUCAGGAAAAAUACACAGCACAAGAAUUGGUGAUGAACGUUUCAACAGGAAACCACAAACCACCUGAUCAACUUUAGGGAAAAAACGUCUUGGGGUAAAAUGCAACUUUGAGAUAAUGCGGCAGAUGGUAGAGACUUUAUAUGGAGAUUUGGUUAUUUUGAGCUAUGUGUUAAAUGAACACAUGCUCAACAGCAGGGAUGGGAAGGCUGUGGAGCAUUUAGCUGUUAAAUUACUUAUAACAUUUUUUGCCAUGCAUUGAUUGUGAAAGACACAAGUCCAAGGUUUAAAUUACGAGAAAACAUUAGUAUGGACUUAAUUGAACUAAAUCAAGGUAAAGAAAAGGAAUAUUGUCCGACCAUCAUAAAUGAGAUAUUUUCCAAAUGAAUUAGAAUGUUUUAAACAAAAGCACAGAAUGUUUUAACAAAGACAAAAAAAGAAAACCUCAACUGAAGAAAAUAGACUGAGAGUUGAGAAACUGGAAGCCUGAAGGGAUGGACAAUGGGGCUCUCCGAAGGUCAUAAACAAGGAGUCGCCUCCAUCAUAGUGAACCAAUCAAAAAUGCUCUUAAAGACUAUAUAUUCCGAGCGCACUUUGUAUUAAGCGCCCUUUCUUUGCUGUUGCUAGACAGAUUGAAACAGGUCCGUGCACGUAUGACUGCAGGACUGAAUACUCCUGUCACAAAUAAACAUUGUCAUAUUGCUUUGAUUAAAGUCUCAAGUCUGGUCCUUGCUUUGCGUUCACGACUAGCUUUGAAUAACUAGUCUAGCUAACUGCUACAUGUCUGCUGUUAGCUGGCAGGUUGUUUGGCUUCAUACACGUACAGCAAGCAAUGUUGACUAACGCACUCUGCUAGUUAGUUAGUUAGUUAAUGGAACUUUUGAUAUAGGAACACCUACUCCAAAUAUUUUACUAUAACAAGCAAUUAUUAUGGAGAUAUAAACAUAAUUGAAGCACUUUUUUCAUGAGGGGUCACUAGAGACCUUUUCACAAUCAUUUUUAAUGUUAAAAAUAUUUGUCGGGGACCCCCCAAAAUCUAAAAAUAAAUUCUUAUAAAGGCUCCCUAAUGACUGAAUUUAUUCUAUUUUGGCAGAUUUUUCAUUUAUCCAUUCUUUAAAAGCCGUUCUUUCAGCCAGAGGCUUGGGCGCCUUUAAACCCAGAGAUCAUAUCGCUCCACAGCACUAGGAAGAUUGUCAUUGUGAGCUUGUUUUUUUUGUGCAGCUUCUUCUGAAAGACGGCGCCGGUCCUGGUCCUCUAUCACAGUCACUUGUUUCUUCUUUUUUACAACGGAAACUGCUCGUACACAUCCACGCACAGGACACAUCUCUGCAGGAGGCCCCUGCCCUUUUUCCAACUGUCAGUUUGGAUGACCUAAUACGACAAAACUGGAGAGGUUAAGAGUUAAAGUUUCCUUUCUCAUAAUGUAUCACGGAAGCAAAUGAUCAAUAUCAUUGCCAAUCCCGCCCACAAAUGUUAUUGAGAUUAUGCGAUUUUGACGUUUGAGGAGCCUACACUGUGACGCUCUUCCUUAUGUUUCGCUUUUUAUGAAAUGUGCCUGGACCGCGACUUCAACGACACUCUAUGCUUUGUUGUGCAACAACGCAUGUCAUCACAAUGGUGCAAGUACUUCUGCUCCCACUGUUUUUACUCUUUGCGUCCUUCACAGGAGUGUGUCCCAGGGAGCUCACAGAGGCAUAUGUCAAGGCAGGUGAGAUGGUGGCGCUGUACUGCCCUCAGGACAGCGGCUCCAGUCCCGGUGAUGCCAAAGUGAUCUGGAUCAGUUCCACCACCCACGAGACGACACUGACCGACACGUCCCCAGCUGAGCAGCGGAAGAUGGGGUUGCUGAUUCAUGGCAGGAGCCUUGUGAUUCUCAGUGCUUCUCUAAACCAUCAGGGGAAUUACUCAUGCUCUCUGGGGAAUGCCAGCAGUCAGUUCUGGUUCAGGCUGAUAGUGUUAACAACACAGUCCAAAGAGUACCAGAAGAGGACCCAGUACCCUAAAAUAUGUUACACACAAGAGAGCUGCACAUUGAAUUGUCCUGAGGUAAACGUACCUUCUGCAAACAUUACCAAAAUUACCAGCAAAGGCAUCACAUGGCACAAGGAGGUAGAGUCCUUUUCAAGAGAUGACCACUUCUCAAGUGUGGAAGUGAAUGACCAAGGAGAAUACAACUGUACCAGGUCUUACCUGUAUCAUGGGCAAAUAUAUAGAAUGACCUUUACAUUGCUGCUUAGAGUCGAACCAAAGGAAAAACCAGUUAAAUCCUCAGUGAUCCUCUCACCACACAAAAGUCAAGUUUUCUAUGUAGAUUUGGGCACAACAGUGGUGAUUGAUUGCAAGGCGGAAAUGCAUUCAGACUCAGACGAGAUCUCCUGGAUAAGCGAGAAUUCAGAGGUGGAAAAAAACAACAGCUUUCCCGUUUUCUACAAUUCCCCAAGGGAGAGUAAUGCUUCAGUAACACAGAUCGCAUCACUAGUCUUCAAAAAAGUGUCAGAGGAGGAUUUGUCAAAAAAUUUCACCUGUAAACUGGAAUUAUUUGGAUCUCCAAUCUUGGUCAAUGUCACUUUGGCCCUAAAACCCCGUCCUUCUUACGUUUCCCUUGCUAUCGGCACUGUUGGCGUUGUGCUGGUGAUGGUUUGGACGGUAGUUAUCUACGUGAGGUUCAGAAUAACCGUCACUCUUUUCCUAAGAGACAGUCUUGGCUGCCAUAGAAGCACCUCAGAUGGAAAAAGCUACGAUGCCUUUUUGAUGUUUUUCGAGAGCUACACAGACAGAGGAUUAAAUGAAGAUGACAGAAAAUGUCUGGAGAGUGUUUUGGAAGAGAGGUUUGGUUACAGAGUCUGUCUUUACGAUCGUGAUGUCCUCCCGGGGCAAGCUGCAGCGGAGGCCGUGCUGGACUGCAUAGACCAGAGUCGGGCGGUGGUUUUGGUUCCCACUUCCUCAGACCCUGGUCCAGGAUCUGGCCUGCUGAGUGCCAUCCACGCAGCCCUUGUGGAGCGGCAGAGCCGCUUGAUUUUCAUCCAAACAGAAGAAACAAAAGCGCUGGCCUCUGGUUCGUUACCGGAGGCCUUGCAGCUCCUUGGCGAGGCUGGAGAUUGUGUCACAUGGAAGGGCACGAGCUCCACGCCGCAUUCGUCCUCCUUCUGGAAGCAGCUGCGUUACUACCUACCGGCCCCGCAGGACGCAUCAUCAAUAAAGCUUUUGCCUCAGACAGUCUAGGACAGUGUUUCUCAACUGAUGGGUCGCGACCCGUUUGUAGUGGGUCGCGGGCCUUUACAUGGGAAAAUAAAAAUAAAAAAAUAAAAAUGUCAUCCUGUGAUUUUAUUUUGAAGGGACUUUUGGUAAUGCAGCGGAGUUUCGUCAGACAAGUUGAGAAACACUGGUCUAGGAUGUAAUGUCUGACCACGAUGAACAGUUUUUUUCCAUCUGUUUUCAGGGUAACACGGUCGGUCAUAAUUCUUCUUUUUUAUUUUUGAAUUGGACUUUGGUAAUAUGUAACAUUUUGCCUUGUUGAAUUUACCUCCAUGUGUUUGACUGCAAAGAGUCAUUAUGAAUGUAAUGUGAAAAUGUUUCUUCUGGUUAUAACAAUAGUCUAUUCAUGAUUAUGUCAGUGUGCACUGUUACUACUCACAUAUCCGCAAUUGUUUGACUAAUGUUAUUUAAUGAAAGUUGAGGUAUUUCCUUACACUGGCUCAUUAGCUACAAUCCCUGAUACAUAUACAAAGGUAAUAACUGGAUUUUACCCGUAUUAUUCUGUGGCAAGGCUGAUAAAAGGGCGGCUCCCUGUUAGGACCCAGGUGAAGGGGCAGAGCUAAAAAAAAGGGGGAGGAAGCUCACCUGGGCAUUUCAUCCUGGUGAUUCACACACCUGAGGCCUGAUUGUGUAAGCCUUGCUUCCUUCUACCUGCCUAAAAACAGGAUUUUAAGACUGAUUAUAUUUUAAACUAAUACAUUUUUUACCAGUCUUGCUUUUCGAGGGGCAAUUAUCUCAAUCAUCUGUAGAGCAAACAGACAGGUAGAUGUACUCCCUGAAUGCCUGCAACAUGAAAUGUUUUCUUUUAAAUAUAAAUGUGUUUCUUUUGUUUUAAACAGACAUAAACAACCACUGUUUCCCCCGUAUUUAGUAUAUGGUGGCUUUUUAAUAAGCCAAUAGCAUGUUUUUUUAUGUUUCAUUAAAGGGAGUGACACAGUGAAAGAGCUACCAUCCUGCAUGUGUUUGUUGUGUGGUUUGUUUUAGUCAUCGUAUUUGCUGUGAUAUGAUUUGUUUGUUGAAGUGUGAGAUAAAGUGUCUUUUAUAUUUUGUGACUAUUUACUGUUUUCUAUUUUCUUUGUUGGUUUUGUUUGAUAUAGGUAUCAAGUGAACAGUAUUAAAAUGUCUUUUUAUUGAGUUCAUUUAUUGGUGUAGUCAAUUUAAU